AUGGACCCGCAGACCGACCUCCCCGACCUCGUCGAGGACCUCGAAGUCAACAUCGAUGAGCUCACCGCCGCGCUCGACCCUCUGCUGGCCGCGCCUCUUCACACGACCGCGUCCUCUCUCCCGCUCCUCGACAAGGCAGAGUUCUACUGCAUGUCCGCAUACGCCAUCGAAGCUAUUCUCUUCUCCGUGCUCAAGGCGUCGGGCGUCAAUGCCACGCAACACCAUGUCUUCAAGGAAAUUGCCCGUCUCAAGCAGUACAACAGCAAGAUCAAGCACAUCAAGGACCGCGGCGUCAUGGGCAGCGCCGAGGGCAGAGCGCGACUAGACCUUGGCGCCGCCCAACGCUUCAUCAAGCACGGCCUGGCUGGCAACGACAGGUACGACUUGGAGCGGCAGGAGCGCAUGGCCAAGGAGAAGGCCCGCGCCCACCUCAAGGCUCAAAACAUCAACAAGAAAUUCGACUCCGACGGCAACGCCCUCGAGUCUACUGACGCCACGUCCAGCAAGAGGGCUGUCGACGAGCUCAAUGCUCAGGAGGACUAUUCGGACAGCCACGUCCUGCAAGGCUCCGACCAAGCAGAGCCGGCUCCCAAGAAAGCUCGCGUCGACGCAGCUGCCGAAUCGCAACAAGAACCCGCGCCAGAUACCGGCACACCGCAGCCCAAAAAGCGCCGUCGCCCCGCAAAGAGAGACAACAAGACAACAAAGACCAGGCAGGACUUGGACACAGUCAGCCUUGCAACACCCUCAAGAGCAGAGGAGCGCGUAACGAGGACGAGGAACAAGAGGCUUUCGACGCAAAACUCACAGGAAGACGAGCCUGUAGUGCCGACCCCAGAUCGCGCGCCCAAGACGCGGAGUGAGACUUUUAGCGCGCUUCUUGAUGGCUCGUUGAACCAAACCAAGAAGAAAGGGAUUGGUGGUAAAGGAAACAGGAAGGGGGGCAAGGGAAAAGCCAAGUGA